GCGGCGGCCACUGCGCCUCAUAUGAGAGCUCUGCUGUGUCUCUUUAAGUACAGCAGGCAGUGCUGUUGGUCCGUGUGGCAGACACAGGCAGCGCAGGGCGCACGGUGCGGCGCUGCCUCUCCGCAGCGUCAAACAGCCUUCACAUCGGACAGGCGACAGAAAAGACAGGUCGACCCACCGCCUGCAUCACGUCCACGUCUGUGAACAGUUGAGGGGAGCGAGUGGAACAAAGAGUGGACCGUCUCAGCGCGGCUGGGGAUGAUGAGGACUGGUGGUGAGCCUACAGGGCCAUUAAUAUUACUCCCUCCUUCUUCUCCGACUGGGUGCUAGAAGCGUGUAGCGGUUUGUCUGCGGUAGAUUAUUGAACAACACUGAGUGACUAAACGAGCUAAUGAGAUUGGCAAACUGGCGUCAGUUAUCUGCGGAUCAAAGCCCAGUAAAAACAGCCUAUCAGAGAAAAUAUUUUUUGUUGCUCAAUGAUCGUGGAGAUGAAACAUGUUUGAGAGAUCCUCCGCUGAGUUGCGUCCUGUGAACUGCAUCAAACCAUCUGCUGCUGGAGCGUCCUCUUGACUCCUGUUUAAGAUGGUGAGUCACGCCCUCUCUCUCGCUGAAUAGCCAGCCUCACAAAGGCGAAAGGAUCUCAGCUCAGCCGGUAAAUAAAAACCCUCUUCCUUCUGCACAGCGUGGGAGAAAGUGCCACUGUGGCGCUGGUGUGGCAUCUCAGUGGGCUGAUAACUGGAGUGAAAGCGGUGUUGAGGGUUCAUCUUUCACUCUGAGCCGCUCACCUUUCAUGCCGUGGCCCCGGAGCCAGCUCUCAGGGCUGGACUGUCAGCGGGAAAGCAGAGAGACUCUCACGUGGACUUGAUCGGCAGAGCUGCACAGUGCACAGGUGUAAAGCAUCUUCCUCAUGAGACUGAAGAGGCAUACAUGAAGGGGAAAGUCAUGCUAUUGUUUGGAUGACCUUCAUGCAGGAUUAAGACACUUUAUCUGACUUUUUCUUUGUUUCUGUUGGGGCCCAGUGGGGCUGUGUGGUGGGAACAGGGACAGCUGGUGUUAAUUAUUCUGCUUUAUGAGUUUUCAUCACUGGGAAAGCGUGUUUGAGUGGCAGGGGGAGCCAGCAUGGCCAAGCCUCUGCUGAAGAUACAGCGCUAUUUCCGCAGGAAACCUGUCCGAUUCUUCUCCCUCAUCCUCCUCUACCUGACCGCCGGGAGCCUGGUCUUCCUGCACUCUGGCUUUGUCGGGGACAGUGGCCCCGGGGGCAGAGGGGGCCGUGACUCUUUGGUAGCAUCAGAGAUGGGAGGCCGGACUUCAAUGUCAGACACACGGGGGCUUGGCAUCAUGAGCAGAGUGUUUAAGGAGACCCGCAGGUCUGGACGGAGGUACGGCCCUCCGUGGAUGAAAAAGGACAGACAUGAGGGCCAGGACACGGUGCGCAGGCAGGGAGACUACACCAACAACUGGAACCGUGCACUUAAAGGACGCAGUGCCAAAGAUGUGGACGAUGGACGAGCAAAGUAUAUUGGCUGCUACAUUGAUGACACACAGAAAAGAGCGCUGAGAGGAGUUUCCUUUUUUGACUACAAAAAAAUGACUGUAUUUCGUUGCCAGGACAACUGUGCAGAAAGAGGGUACAUGUACGCAGGUCUGGAGUUCGGAGCAGAGUGCUACUGCGGUCACAAGAUUCAGGCACCCAAUGCAUCAGAUAGCGAAUGCAACAUGGAGUGCAAAGGAGAGAAGAGCAACCUGUGUGGAGGAGCCAACAGACUGUCCAUCUAUAGACUGGAGCUGAGCCAGGAGUCGGCACGUCGCUACGGCAGCGCCAUUUUCAAAGGGUGUUUCCACCGGCCAGACAAUGUCACUCUGGCACUUCCCUUCAGCAUGGUCAUCCGAAACAUGUCUGUGGACAAAUGUGUGGACAUGUGCACGGAGAGGGAGAAAACGCUGGCCGUCCUGGCUGGAGAUCGAUGUUACUGCGGCUUCCCGACUCCUCUCUUCUCCCUGCAUGAGCCGGAGGACGAGGGCAUGUGUCUCAACCGCUGCCACGGGGAAGAGUUCGAGAGCUGCGGGAACGAAGAGUACUUUGUGGUGUACCAGACGCAAGUUCAAGAUAACCGCUGCAUGGACCGGCACUUCCUCCCUAGUCGUGCCAAGCAGCUGGUGGCACUCGCCAGUUUCCCCGGAGCUGGCAACACCUGGGCUCGCCACCUCAUAGAGCUCGCCACCGGCUUCUACACCGGCAGCUAUUACUUUGAUGGCUCCCUUUAUAAUAAAGGAUUUAAAGGGGAGCGGGACCACUGGCGAAGUGGGAGGACGAUCUGCAUUAAGACACACGAGAGCGGCAGGAAGGAGAUUGAAUCCUUUGACUCCAGCAUCCUCAUGAUCCGAAACCCUUACAAAGCCCUCAUGGCUGAAUUUAACAGAAAAUAUGGCGGCCACAUUGGAUUUGCCUCCCAGGCCCACUGGAAAGGGAAAGAGUGGCCCGAGUUUGUGAAGAACUAUGCCCCUUGGUGGGCGUCCCACACGUUGGACUGGCUGAAUUAUGGGAAGGUCGUCCAUGUGGUCCACUUUGAGAAUCUGAAGAGGGAUCUGUUCUCCCAGCUGAAAGGGAUGGUCCAGUUUCUGGGUUUGAAGGUUUCUGAGGACCGCCUUCUCUGCGUGGAGGGCCAGAAGGAUGGAAACUUCAAGAGAUCGGGGCUGCGAAAGCUUGAGUAUGACCCCUAUACUCCGGAAAUGCGAGCGAACAUCAACGAACUGAUCAGAACAGUAGACGCUGCCUUGAGGAAAAGGAACAUGUCCGGAGUUCCAGAGGACUAUAUGCCAAGAUGAUAUAUGUGAUCCCCUCAUUUUCCUUUCAUCCUCCUUUAAUUGGACUGUUCUGUCAACAGACUCUGCACCACAUUUUGUAGGAUUACAUGACUUAGAUAGCUCUUUCAGUUAUUUUCCUGUGAACAUAGGUCGAAGCUGUAGUGAGAAGAAAUCAGUGUCUUUACUAUUUUAAUUUUAUAUUCAUGUUCUUUCAUUUUCUGUCGAACCUCAGCAGCUUCAUGCAUUAUAGAAGAGGCGUUAUGUUUUUCAUUUUGGCUGAAUGAAAAGCACUUCUUAUCCUGCUCUAUGCACAUGUGCUGUGUAGGCAUGUGCACAUGCCUUAACAUGAGGACGGUAUAAAAGCUGUGACGACAGAGAGACUCGUCCGACUGCGCUGGGUGAUUUGUUGCCAGUGAAAGAACAUGUUACCCAAAAGAUAUUACACAAUACUGCAAAGUGUGUUACAUGAGCUUAUUUUGUGCAAAACAGAUUUAUGAGAAAUCAGAACAUUAAAAUUCUUCUGCUGCUAUCACAGUUACAGAAAAAUACUAUUUUAUACAUAAAAACUUUAAAACAUUUAGCCCUUUGUCAGAGGGGAAAAUGCAAUGUGCAGGCUAUAACUACCUGCUGAUGAUACUGUGUGUUUCCACGUUUUUGUAAGUUAUUGGACUUACAGUAUGUUAGAGGAAUCUUGUUUUCAAUGAUGAAGAGGUAAAAGACUCAGCUCCUCGUAUUCAAGAAGAUGAAUAAUCCCUCUUGAAGGCACUGACUCAAGGAGAGAAGAGGAUUUAUCUCAACAGCAUUUAUUUAUCUCGGGUGUGCAGUGCACAUGUUGACUAAUUUGGUUGUGGAUAUGUUUUCUUAACACUGGACUCGAUGCAGAAAUCCAAAAAGCACUUCUCUGUGCAACACUUGCCCCAAAGAUCACUGAGGAAUUAGGCGUUACACUCGUGUUAUAGAUUGGAGGUUACCUUUAGCAGUAGUGAUCGUUAUACAUUUAUUUUAUGACAGUUAAUCAUACUGAAUGUGAAAACUGUUUUUUUUGUUUUAUUGCUUUGUUGUAAGAAGAGCUACCAAACAUUUAAAGCUGGUGAUAAUUUACUCUUACUCUUAAAAAAAAAAUCCACAAUGUGUGAGAAAUCCUGCUCAGAUUUCAAAAGCAGCACGUCUUAUAAACGGUACUCAAUGUGCUAUGCCAUAUGCUUAAAAAUGAACAAGUAUAUAUAUAAAUACACACAUGAAAAUAUAUAAAUAAAUAAUUAAAUAAAUAAAUAAAUCACUGGUGACUGAGAGCCAGAAAACAGUAACUGACUUCCAUUUUCAGAAUGAUAUAAAUAUAUUUUUAUAGUGUGCGCUGACACAUCGACAAUAUUUGUAUUGCAACAAGCAAAACGGGAGAAGUUGUUUCUAUUUUUAACACAUGCUUUAAACUUUAUUGGCUCCAGCUUUCAUUGACAAGCCGGCACUUUCUGAACAUAGGUGUCACAUUUGAAUGUAUUUUCUAUGGAAUGAAUGUAAUGUGAUAAGGCCCAAUAAAUGAGUACAUAACA